UCACGCCGGCAAAGGCCUUGUCAGAAGGCUUGAGGCCCAGCUCACGCUGUGCAAGACGACAGGGCCCUUCCCGAGGCGCGCGUGCGCACGGCCACUUGCACCCUGCCCUUUCAACCCCGUCGUCUCGUGCCCAGCACACCUUGGCUGCAACUGGUGGGGGCGUGGCCUGGCCUCAGGAACGCACUCUUGCUCUGCUCUUUACGCCUCGCGCAGGAUCCUCGCGCCGGGAGGAUUCGCACCCAACCCCAAGCCCGGUUGGGAACGUGGUGUCUGAGACCGUCUGGGACCCCCACGCGCGCGGCCGUCUUUCCGGGACCCGCGCGAGACGCUGUCUGAUCGGGCUCCCUAGAGUGGGGCCCGGAGAAACCAGAACGGCGGGGACAGCCUCACGCCAUUUUGCACGCCCUGAGAUGUUCAGUUCCAGCAGAUGCUUGUGUUCCUCUGAACAGCCCAGAGCUAGUUCAGUGGGUCCCAGUGACAGGACCUUGGUUUUGUGCUCCCUAGUGGAAGGGGAAGAUAAGGUCAGCCCCUCUGAACCACAUGGACUGAGAAUGGAGAAGAAAUGGUUGCUCAAAGGAAAAUUGAGGAAUCAGAGGAACCAAAACCAGCUCCUGUCCCCAAAAAAGAAGCAGAGGAAAAACCACACUAGCAAGCUGCACGAGUUGGCACUGCUGCUGCCCAUAGCCCUGAAGACGGGGACCAAGAAGCUCACAAAGUCCCCAGCCAUGCUCACCCUGAUCUGCCCUUUAGGCUGCUGGUGCCAGGGCAGUGUCCAGGAUGACGUGCCUUUCCCUGCGCUCCUGGCCCAGGAAGAUGCAGCGAGGAUCCAUUUUCUCAACAAGACCCAGCCCUAUCCCAGGCAGAAGCUGGUGUUCUAUGAUUCCAGCGAGGAUGUGGACAAAGGGUCCCUAGAUGCUGACCCUUGGCUUCCUGCCUGGACCCCAGAGAACAGCCCCCAAGGAAGCCCACUGUCCCUGGGGCCUCCCCAGAUUGAUGUCUGGAGUGGAACAGGCCACCCAAGUGAGAUCCUCAGGCUCAGCCCUAGCCUUUUCAGCUCCCCAGGGAAACUGCCGCCAGACGAGAUCUUGGAGGAUGGCACAGAGUACCUGACCCAAGCAGCUUUCUUUGAAGAAGUGUGCUUAGAUCUGGAGUCUUCACCUUCAGCCUACACGCAGGAGGCUCCACUGGAGAAGGACACAGCCUCCAAGGCCCCCAAAGACCCUCCUGAGUCCCACAGCCUGCACCGGUCCUCAGUCUCGCUGGACCACUGCUACCUCUCACUGAGCGGGAAUAGCAAGGUGCCAUCCAACUCUAGCUCCAGCUCCAGCUCUAGCUCCAGCUCGGAGGACAGCGACUCAGAGCCCCUGUGGAAGCAGCCAGAGGAUAUGCAGGCCAACCCUGCGGGCAUGCCGGGCUCCAGCGAAGAGGACGAAGACACCACAUGGACCCCCACCCGGCCGACCUCACCCCUGCCAGCAGCCGAGAAAAAGGCCAGGAAGGGCCAAGCAGCCAGGGCCCCUGUGAAGCCCAAGGAGAAGAAGAAAGGCCCCUGCCUACCCCAGAUGAAGAAGAAGUGUGUCAAUGGCUUCAUCAUGUUCUGCAGGAUGAACCGGAAGCAGUACAUCCGAUCCUGUCCUGGAACCGCUUCUACAGCUGCCACCAAGGAGCUGGCCCAGCUGUGGCGGGUGAUGACCCAGCAGGAACGGAGGCCAUACUGCACCAAGGCUCGCAGGUUCAGCCGCCAGCACAACCGCAUCGUGAAGCAGGAUGGCUCCAGCAGCGAGGCUGAGGACUGGGAGACGCCCAAGCCCUUCUACCAGCUGCUGGCCGAGAAGGCCUUGCCGCUGCCCACGCACAUCCAGUGA